UCUCGCGGCGCCAAAAAGUUGAAACAAGCGACACACAGCAAAGCACAAGACAAGACACACACCAUCGACCCACGCCUGCUGAGCGACUGAGAGAGGAUGGAGCCUGUGGCGAAGCAGAGCAAGUCGCAGGAGAGGCCCUCCUCUCCAACGUUUGCACUGCGACAGAAGCGGCGACCAAAGAGGCGCAUUCGUCGAACAGCAGGAGCGACCAGCAGUCAGCAAGUGGUGUCACAGUCGCAGGAUCUGUCGCAAAAGGCAAAUUAUGACGAGGCGUCUCAGGAAGCAGUGGCACCGACACCCACACCAGCGGCGGUGGCAAGCGCUGGAGACAUGGACAGUCAGAUCUCAGUUACACCAACACCAUCGGCAAGUGCAGCGGUCGCAUACCUUCGUCCACGGCCACUGACGCUCCCACCCAACGCUGCGCUGUACUCGUGGACCUGCGGCACGCUGGAUGACCUGUACAUGUUUCCCUGCCUGUACCCACAGCGCGCACCGCAACCGGCACCCACAUCAAGCGCAUGCAGUGGUGCAUUGAAAAGCGGCGCCAGCAACAGCAACAACAUGAUUACUGUCACGCCCAGCACCCUCAUUCGCAUGCUUCUCUCACAGCCAGCAGCAACAACAGCAACAGCAGCAACGGCAGCAACAACAGCAGGAACAGCAGCAACAGCAGCAACAGCAGCAACAGCAGGAACAGCGCUGCACAGUGACAUGGUGCUUGGAUUCCUCACGAAAGAGCAUCGGGGAUUUGAUGGCGAGUCUCCGUUUGUGCCAGCGCUGUUGCCGCGCCACGUGUCGCGCAUCAUGACAACGCUGCACACGCAGCUCACACGCGCACGCUCUCGCCAUGCGUCUGGGCUGUGCUGCGUUGCUGUUGCCAGCGGCUGCGUGCGCAUGUGCUACCUCCUGCUGCUCACCAUCCUCGUCCACCCCGAUGCUGGCGCCAUCACGUCUUCGGCAGUGCUGUCGUCAUUGCUCGCAUUUCUGCGACACCGUGGGGCCAUCAGCCCAACAACCGCCACAAACACAACCGCCAACACGACAGCAGCAGCACCGAGCACAGCAGCAGCCGGAAGGGUGGUGCGCAAGGGAGGAGAUGUUGGUCUGAUGUUGGAGCUGGAGGUGCGCUUCUUCGUCACGCUGGCACUGGCGGCUGUCAUGCUCAGACACGAUGCACUCAAGGCGCAUUCAGCAGACACAACAGCAGCGACACACGUGACGGCCACGACAACAACAGAUGCACCAGUUUGCACGUGCACGCGUGAGCAGGAAGGAGGACGUGGUGUUGCGCUCACAACAACAGGCGCGACAAUACAUGCGCUGUGCGCGAAGCACGACUAUGACCAAUUGCGGCGAGAAGUCAAGGCGCAGGGGACGUGGCUGUAUCUGCUGCUGAUGAAGAACAAGAGUGCAGCGAUCAGCAUGUCAACCGUGCCCCAGCCACGAGGCGUUAAGCCCUGGCAAACGCGCAGCCGCCGGCAAACCAGCAACGCCACCAGCACACGUGCUGGUUCUGACGGCGAGAAGGAGAACAGGAGCACAAGUGCGCACAUGUCAAUGGAUGGCACAACGCAACGCAUUGCUGUACACAUGCACGAGCAACAGCAGCAACAGCAGGAGCAAGUGCGUCCAGCGUCCACCUCCAGGUUAUCGCCGUCGCCACUUCACAUCGGACCAUUGGAUGCGCUGCUGCUCGCACUGCACAUCGUCCUCGAUGGCGGCAGUGGUGGUGGCAGUGGCAGUGGUGGUGGCAGUGGCAGUGGUGGUGGUGGUGGUGAUGGGAUGUGUGGGCACAUUGCUGCCACAGCUGAGCGCGUGUUCUCGCUGUGCUGUGAGGGCCAUCGCCCGCCCUCGCUUUCCGCCCUCGCGCAAUCCACAAUCAUCCUCGGGUCCAGCGUGUCGUUUGCACAUGCGUUGAAACAGACGCUGCUGUUGGUCAAACUCUGGUCGCACCUCUACACCGCCAUCACCGACCAGCCAGUGCAGAGCAGCAAGCUUCGCUUCAACCCCUGGCCCAUUUUCGCGGCCAUUUUCAAGUCACAGCUCUUCUCACAGUCGGUGCUGCACGAGGGCGAGGAUUUGCGUCUCCGCGCUCUCCACCUCUGCAACACCGUCACCCGCGCAGUUGCAAAGCACCAGUCCCCUUCAUCAUCAUCAUCGUCGUCGUCGUCGUCAGUGCUGCCACCGGUGCAAGUGCUCAAGUCGCCGUGGGACUACUUCCGCAAACACACGCGCACGGAGAUCGGGGCCCUCACCCUGCCCUCAUUCCUCCUCGCCUCGUCCCGCACUAGUGGUGGUGAUGGAGGUGACCAAGGUGUUGCGAUCGAGCAGCUGCCUGCAAACGCGUUUGAUGCGUACUUGAGUUUGCUUGCAAGCACGCUCAGCACUCACACGAUAGCCAACGCAUCAGCAUCAGUGCCGCAGACACAAGCGCUGGCACAACAUCACCGUUCCCACCACACAUCCUCGUCGUCGCUGCACCAGCCGUCGUCACCCACACCCUCAGACCACCUCGACACGAUACGCAGGCUUGUGAGCCGCAUUGUCGUGCACAUGCCCACGACCCCACGUAAGCUUCAGGCAACGGAAGGACCAGACUUGCGCGUGUGUGGAACGCACGCCGGACUGCGGAAUGUUGGCGCUCUUCUCCUUGUUCUCAUCCAAGCCAUCACCUCGCACACGCAGUCGGAGCCGCCCCCAGCGCUUGCGAAUCGACUCUUGGACCAGCUCACGUCCCUGCACGUGAAGUCACGCGCGCUGUUUGCAGAGAGCGAUGGCCCCGCACAGAUUAUUCUCAUCCACGACCACUUUUCGCUGCUGCGGACGCUCCUGCGUGGUCCUACCUCUCAGCGUGACACGGUCCUCCUUGCGCUGCAAUCCUUCCUCAAACACACACUCGCCGCUGUUCUGCACGAGCCACCGCGCCUCGCCCCAAUCUUCACAACAGCCGCAGCGGCAGCGGCAGCAACAGCAACAGCAUCAGCAGCAUCCUCAUCAUCGCUGUUCCAUCGCAGUAUCAGCGGUGCGAACGUCAAUAACAGCGGCAAUCGCGGUCGAGGAAAGGCAGGCAGCGGUAUGCCCGAGCUCCUCACAAACAGCGAUGUGCUGUACGUGUGGCUGCUGGACUUGUACAAUCUCCAACAACAACAACAACAACAACAACAACAACAACAACAACAACAACAACAACAACAACAACAACAACAACAACAACAACAACAACAACAACAACAACAACAACACCACCACCACCACCACCACCAGCAACAACAACUCCAACACUAA